AUGUAUAGUGCUGAAAUGUUGAAUAUAUCUGAUGGCGUUCACUUUGAUGAGAGUAUUACAAAAAUUGAGUACCACAGCUAUUCACCAUUUUUAUCGACGUUUAACAACAGUGAUGAAAUACGAAUUUGUAUUCAAAAUCAAAAUUUAAAUAUUUUGACCUGUGAAAGUUUCCUCUACAUAGAGGGGACUGUGAAAAAAGUUAGCGAUAAUACAUUAUCAGCUACCGCCAAAUUGAGAAUUUUAGGCUUCGCAGAAGAUUAUACGAAAAUUAUUCCAAAUGUUAAACAUGAAUUAAUUUUGAAUCGUGCACGGAAUGAUUUAAAUUCAAUUAUAUCACCAACUGAUGAUAUGAAAUUUGAAAUUACAAAACUACAAUGGCACGUUCCACACGUUCAACUUCAGGAUGAGCAGAAACUAUUAUUAUAUAAAUUUAUCAAUAGUGGUAAAUCAAUUAAGAUGAGCUUUCGAAGCUGGGAUAUGUAUGAAUAUCCAGUUCUUCCAACUACAACACACCAAGUCUGGGCAGUAAAAUCAUCAACACGUUUGGAAAAGGCUAGAUAUGUUAUCUUCGCUCUACAAACAAAUCGACGAAAUUUGAAAGAGAAGGAUGCAAGCCGUUUUGAUCAUUGUAAUUUGACUGAUAUAAAAGUGUUUUUAAAUUCAGAUGUGUAUCCAUACAGUGAUCUUAAUAUAGAUUUUCAAAAUAAUCGAUUUGCCAUACUAUACGAUAUGUAUUCCAAAUUUCAAGAAUCAUAUUAUAAAACCAACAGCCAACCACUCUUAACACCCGCACAAUUCAAAGAAAUAGCUCCCAUUGCCCUCAUAAAUUGUUCACACCAAAUGGAUGAAAUAAAGAUUGGACCAGUGGAUCUUAAAAUUGAAUUCAAAUGUAAAUCUAAUAUUAAGCCUAAUACUAGCGCAUAUUGCCUAAUUUUACAUGAUCGUAUUGUCGAAUAUAAUCCACUAACAAAUGAUGUAAAAAGAUUAUAA